CUGGCUGUGUUUACAUGUGCUUGGCUGAGUUGAUAUUAGUUGUCACAGAAGUGAUUUGGUAGUUCGGAUGUGAGCUGGUCAGCCACACGGAAAAACUCUCGCUCUUUGCUUGAUGCGCGUUUCGGGAAUUAGUAUUUGAAUGACCACAGGUUUUGACUUCACAGAAGACACGGGGAGCAGAGACGUUCCUGGACUUGAGAGAAAAGUUCAUCUCCUCAUUUACCCUCAAAUCAAAGAACCUACGAUGAUUGCUGACCUCCGGCUAUGAAAUCCUCACCCAACCCUUUGAUUUCUGGGUCGCGCAAUUCUGUCGUGACAGAGUACUUCUUCGCGUCGACUAUGCUAUGACCUGGUUUGACCUACCUUCGGCACGCGUUUCCCACUCGACGGAUUUCGUAGUCGCAUCCAGGUCGUUGAAGAUACGUUAAGGUCUACUUGUUAGUUGCAAUGUCUUGUUGCGGGAGAUUCUGUUCUGACCUGAGGCGUGAGUUCAAGACGAGGAACUUCAAACUAGACCAUCAAGAACCUCACCUGUUCUUAAGGUCUGAGUGGCUGGGCGAAGGGAAGGUAGGCGUGCACGUGUGGUACGUGGCGUACAGAUGGUUCUGGGCGCUGUACCACCUGGGAUGGUGGAUAGCCAACCUGGUGGAAGAGGGCGGCGUGGGAGCCCCGGCCAAGAGAAAGGCCUACCAUUUCAUCUACCUCACCAACUGGGCCUAUCUGAGCAUCGUUAUAAUGAAUGGCGUCCAUGCUAUUAUAAUGACCGUCAGUUGGCUUGAAUACCGACGCACAGCUCACUUGCCGAAGACGAUGGUCACACACUUGAAGGUGCUGUGGGUCCUUCAAAGCAUAGUAUACUUACCUGCGAUGUUGAUUACAGCAGCAUACUGGAGUGCAAUAUACGACCCAGCGAACCCCAUAACAGCGCUGAACGCGGAGGUCCACAUCAUCAACUCUAUCUACGUGAUCAUAGACCUGUGGGUGGUCGGCAGUCCGGUGCGGAUCCUGCACUUCUACAUCCCCUUCAGCUUUAUGUUCAUCUACCUCAUCUUCACCCUCAUCUACUGGGCGGCGGGGGGCAAGACCCCGGAAGGCGGCACUGCCAUUUACCCGAUAAUGGACUGGGACAACCUGAAGGUCACCAUACCUUUCGUCGUCUGCUGCGCCGUGUUCAGCCCCGUCAUGCAAGGAAUCGUCUGGCUGAUAUACCAGGCAAGGAUUGGAGCUAGAAGGUACUGGUACGGCGGCAAGGCAGGAGUGGGCAGCAUCCCACACGAGAGCACCAUGGACGGUAUCCUAGGGCGCGAUCCCUCAAUGGAAAGCGUGUCCCCUGCCUCCUCCCAGCAGCCUCCCGUCAAUACCCAGCGAGUCUAAAGGGAUCCUCUUGAAGGACUCCCCUCGAAGAACUCUUUUCAAUACCCAGCGAGUCUGAAUGGAUCUUCUUGAAGGACUCUUUCGAAGGAUUCAGCUUGAAGGACUCCACUCGAAAGACUUACCUUGAAGG